AUGUCGAGUCAAGGUGCCUUGGACCAAUUCUUUAGUCUGAAGACUCCAGACUCCGCACAGGAAACUCUUUUGGUCGAGACUCAGGAGCUUGAGCACGAAAGCGGGGCAGAAGAGCAACAGUCUCCCGGCCUGCCUGAAGUUGAACCUACAGAGUCUACAGAUCCUGAGGCAGCAGACAAGGCCAAGGCCAAGGCCAAGGCCAAGGCCAAGGCCAAGGCCAAGGCCAAGGCCAAGGCCAAGGCCAAGGCCAAGGCCAAGGCCAAGGCAGAGGCCAAGGCCAAGGCCGAGUCGAAAGCCAAGGUCGCCGGAAAACCCAAGGCAAUAGUAAAGCCCGAGAAGUCCAGCGAGGACGAGAAGCCGGGCGACGACGACACGGCAAAAAAAGAGAAGCACGAGGGCAGCAAGAACUCCACCAAGCAGCCCAAAGCCAAGGCGAAGGGCAACAAGGGGAAGGAGGUCGAAGAGCCGAGCCCUGAGAAGGACGACAGCAACAAACGACCGGUCACCCCGGCGGAGGAGGGCAACAAGGCGAAAAAGUCUCGCUCGGACCAGGACCGAGAGAAAGCGGCGAAGCUGAGCGACCUCCAGGUUGCUGAGACAAAGGAGGCCGACGUGGAGCCGGCGACUCGGGACAAGAAGAAGGCAUGGAGGUUCACGAAGCACCUGGACAUCAUGCCGGAAGAGAUCCAGAGUCUGUUCGCCUCGGACAAAGUCAGUCGUGCUGACAAGACCAAGCUCAUCAAUGAUGCCGUGACCAAAACUGAGGCAGGGAAGCCAGGUGAGAAAUACCAGCUGAACAGGGAAAACACUGUUCGGAAGCAACUCUCCACCUUUUACCGGAAAGUCUGCGGCAAAGAAAAGGUGAGAGGCCGCCCGAAGGCUUUGAUGGUGGCCAAGCUUGGCGGUGAGGAGAAUUUCAAGAAGGUUUUGCAGAGCG